AUAAUUGGACAAGCCUAGCCAUAAUCAGCCCCACCACCAGCAAGCGACCAAAGCCUCUCUUUCUCUCUCUAAAGCUAUUAUCUACUGGAUCAUCUUCUUCAAUCUUUUUGCCUCUGCAAAUCAGCAAGCUUUUUGUUCUCAUGGGACGCAUAACACAUCUUCGAGACCUAAUAGGGAUAAUCAAAGACAAGGCUUCUCAAAGCAAAGCAGCUAUAGUCUCUAAACCCAAGAACUUGUCUCUCAACUUAGCGCUCCUUAGAGCCACAACCCAUGACCCCUUUACACCACCACACCCAAAGCACAUCACCACCUUUCUUUCCUAUGGUUACAGCUCACGUGUCACCGCUUCCGCUGCCGUUGAGGCCCUUAUGGACCGGCUGCAGUCUACCCAUGAUUCCUCCGUUGCUAUCAAGUGCCUCGCCGUCAUCCAUCACAUCAUCAAAGAUGGUAGCUUUAUCCUCCAAGACCAGCUCUCUGUUUAUCCUUCCACCGGCGGCAGAAACUACCUCAAAUUAUCGAGCUUUAGAGAUAACACCACCCCAAUGACAUGGGAAUUAUCUUCAUGGGUGAGAUGGUACGCUAGAUACCUUGAACAUCUCUUAUCAACAUCGAGGGUUCUGGGUUUCUUUCUGUGUUCAACAUCAAGCACAGCAGAGAAAGAUAAAGAAGAAGAUAAAGUUUCAGCAUUAACAAAUUCUGAUCUUCUCAGAGAGAUAGAUUCUUUAACAAGCUUGACGGAAGAAAUAUGCAAAAGACCAGAUUCUUUCCAUAUGCAGGGAAAUGAAUUAAUGGGUCAGAUCAUAAGUUUGGUGGGAGACGAUUAUUUGUCAUCAAUAAACGAAAUAUCAAUCCGAGUGGACGAGUUUAACCAGAGACUGAGUUGCCUGAGUUUCGGCGACUCAGUUGAGUUGGUAUGCGUGUUGAGAAGACUAGAGGAUUGUAAAGAAAGGCUAUUAGCCUUGUCCACUAGAAAGAGAGCAUUGGUUGAGAGCCUUUGGUGUUUGAUCAGUGAAAUGAAGGGAAAAGUUGGGGAUGGAAAAGCGUAUAAAGAGGAGGGGAGAUUGUUGCUUACAUUUGGGAAGAGAGAUAGUGGAAGUGAGUCAGCUCGGUUUGGAGACCGAGUUAUAAGCUAUGGUGACUCGGUUAGAUUUUCGUCUGCUAGAUAUGGAUUGAAUGGGCAUGCGUUGCAGAUUGUAGAAUCGGUCGAGUCAUACGCAUGAUGAGAAUUUUGUUUUUUCCCCCAAUUUUCUGUGGGAGAUAUUUUGGAUAUUUUCAAAAUUAUGAUGUAUUUACUGUAUGAUAUUUUUGCACAUUCAGAAUUAAAAUUCAGUAUUAGUCCU